CUGGGAUUCCCAAGCCGUCUCCGAUCCGAGUUCUUACCAGGUUCGACGUUGCUUGACUUGCGAGAUCGGACUUAAUAACAUUAUCGAGUUGACCGUUAUCUCUGUCAAUCUACAAGCAAACCUUCCAAGACAUUCGGACUGUCGAGACAGGCAAAUUCACUCUGCUCUCCUACUACUGAUUGAAAAUGAUCAGAACACAAAAAAAACCAAGCGUGAACAACAUCCAACAGGGGCUACCCAUUACUCCUAG